AUGUGGCAUUUUUUGGUGAUCUUCACAUUAUUCGCCCUAAUUCUCAUCGUCAGUUUCUGGUAUUAUGGACACAAGGCGGAUUUGAGCUUUUUCGAGAAAUUUGAAAACUUCGACACGGAGCCUUUUGAUAAUUUCGCGUUUUUCAAUGGUAAUUAUCGAAGAGUUAUCGAGAAACCUGAAAUUUUAGACCUAGAAACGAUAGAAUCCGGUACUUGUCGACCGUUUUUAAUCGGACCGAAACAGGCGGAUAUUCUGGAUCAAAUUCGGCCCGUCAGGUACAUGGCCUAGAAAUGCGGGGGGAAAAGUUAGGCCAUCGUUCAGAUUCUCGUGUAAUUCGCCGAUUGGCAAAUGGGCAAAUUUUACGAACGAUGGCGUUCUGACGAUAAGCGAAAAGUUGAUUCAGAAACGGAUCGAUGAGGGCGAUAGCAACUUUACGUGAGUGUAAAAAUGGUGUAAAAAUGGUUUGAUAGAAGGUUUCAAGCUCUCCAACUUUGUUGUUUACAGUUUUUUACAAAAUUUUCUGGGAGCCGAGAUAUUAGGAGUUUCAAAAAGUGAAAAUAUCUAAAUGUCGAGAAAGUUUCGUAAAAAACAGUCAACUACAAAGUUGUAGAGCAUAAAAUUAUCUAUCAAAUCGUUUUUUAACUUUGUAAAAAUCUUAAAAAUAACCGAUGUACGGGUCCGCAAAACUUUUGUUCUUGUUCCAGAUGCGUCUACUCUCAACUAGUCGCUCGGGGAGAGCACCCGAUCAACGGGACUCUCGUGGAUUCGUCCGACAUUGAAAUUCCGGUACUUUCCGUAAUCUCCGAGUGCCUACAAUUGUCCUCUGAGGUUCAGAUCGAACCGGGAACGCCCACGCAAAUCGAGCUCGAACAAUUCGUCGUCUAUUGUCGGGAUCCGACGGGACAUCACUUUUACAACAAGACUUUCUUCAAUUUUCAGCCAAAGUUCGCCGAAAUUUUGAGAAAACUCGAUAAGAAUACCGAAUCCGAGUCGUUAAUGAUAGUAUUGGUUUCCGGAAUGAGUCACAAUCAGGCGAUGCGUCAUUUAAAGUCAACUUUGAGAUUUUCCGCCGAAAAUCAAUUUUUCUCGUUUUCAAUGUUCAAUAAGGACCAGGAGGAGACGCUGAUUUCACUCGGAGGAUUGGAAACAAUUUGGAACAGUUUCAAAAAAUGCGCAACAUUACUGCAAACGGAUUCGAGAAAUUUUUCCAAAACAUACGGAAGCCAAUUCGAUUUUCAUCCCGAUCUUUACAAUUUUUUCAAUCGACAACACUUGGGACAGGUCGAAAAUUGCAUUUCCGACGGCAGGGUUAGUUGCUCAGAUUGUUUCGUGCUGAACCGCCGCUUCAUUUCGCUUCCCCUUCCGUUCAACGCACGGUCUCCCAGGGCGCUAAUGCUAAACACAGUGCGCUCGUAAAUUGCGGAGUGUCGUUGUAACUUUUGAAAAUUUGCAGGUCUAAAAAUGCAGUUCAAUUCGAGUUUACGACCUUUAUUUCUUUCUUUUUGGCUUGAAAAACGUCUAGAAAACAAUAUUUUACUGUUUGGAAACCGUUCUUUACAGAAUUUAGAAAGCGCGCGCCGGAACGAUGCUAAUAACUUGAAUUCCAAAAUGUUUCCAGGUUACUGUAGAAGAUGACGUGACGCUUUGGAAGAAUUCUAGUGAAAUUUUUGCAUCCACACAUUCGUGUCAUUUUUCGCUGCUCCAUUUCACUGAAUUGGCCAGUCCGGAGGAUGGGAAAUUGGUGAAUUUGGACGAGAUUUUGGCGGAUUCACUGGCGGAAAUGCGAGAAUUUGGCAUUUUCGAGAAGACGACAAUAGUGAUUUUGAGUGAUGGAACAGCUGAAAAUAGGUUGGGCAUAUUUUCGAAACAAAUUGUUCUCCGCUAUUUUUAGCUCAAUUUCCUCGACGGAAACGGGUCGUCUUGAAGCCAAAUACGGUCUUUUUUUGAUCAGACUCUCGGAGCAUUUCAAAAGACAAUUCCCAGAAAAAGCUGAAGCUUUACGCGGAAAUGUUGAUAGGUUUCUCCUUUUUUAUUCCAAUUUUUUCAUUCAAACUUAUUUUCAGACGAGUCACAAGCGCCGACGUGGCUGAAACUCUUCGAGCUCUAAAAACUGAAAAUUUAGAAAAAUCCCUAUUCUCUGGGAACUAUUUUCCCGCAAAUUUAUGCAACGUGGCAGACGAGAAUUGCAUUUGCUCCGAAAAAGAUGAAGUGGAUCCGCUGGAACUGUAAAAAACAUUUCAUUUUUUUUAACAAGAAAAAUUUCAGACAGGCAAUAGUCGGAAAGCUGAAAAAAGUGGUGGAAGCGGAAGUUUCAACGCAAAAAUGUCUGCAAUCUUUGCAAGUUUUGGAAAAGUUGGAAAUUCGAAAAUUUGGGUUGGUUUGGCGGAGUCUCGCCACGAAAAUGAAAAAUAAAUUUAAUUUUGAUAUGCUUUUCCUUCAGGCCCAUUAAAUUUUUUAAAUUCCAAGUUCUAUUAACGACUGGAAGUGUAAAACUUGCUGGAAAUAGUCAAGGACUGAAAUCGGUGAAUUUUUUUUUGUUGUUUAUUUCAAAUUUAUUUGUUUUCUUUGCAGAAAACGUUCAAAUUCGCAGGAAAAGCUCGAUACUCUGAAAAUGCUGAAAAUCUGGAACUUCUGGGAUCUCUGAAGCCUUCGAACUCGACAAUAUCAUUGGAAAACAUCUGUUCACAAGUUUAUUAUCACAAAAUUCAUGAGGAUUUUCAAACUUUUCCAUAAAUCCCCUUCACACGGCGACCAAAGGUGUAGAAAGGGGCGUGGCCUAAUCUGAGGCGCGUUUUCUGAAAAUUGCCGCAAUUCCAGCACUUUUCCGAUAUUUUUGUGUUUGAUAUCGACGAAAGAAGACAUUAAAGAGAGAAAACAUCGAAAUUUUCGUGAAAACGCCGCGUUUGAGACGUUUUUGGCUUAUUUCGCAAUACGCUCUCCGCCGCAAUUUCGGAAAUUUCAUACCGGCCGAUGUGGAUAGUUUUGAGACGAAGUGAGUGUCGGAAGUGAUUAAGCACGUUAAUACAAGUAUUUUAAGCGUUCAAACGGCAAAAAGUAUCGGCGAAUAACUGAAAUUCGCCCAUUUUCAGCACAAAACUUAAAAUCGAUUCAAUUGAUUGAAUUUCUGAAUGAAACCUGCUCGUUUUAAGCUCGAAAAGUACGCGAUGAUUAGUUUAUUAACAAAGUUAUGCAAUUACAUCGUCGAAAUCGUACAAAAUUUGGGUAAUUUUUUACGAAAAACAUGAAAAAUGGGGUUAAAUUUCGAAUUUCGCGCCAAAAUGGUGUCAAAACCGUGCACGCGCUAGGCCACGCCCCUUUCUACGUGUUUGGUCGCCGUGCUUUAGAAAAAGUUCCUUCUAUUAUUUAGUGUGUCAAGUCUCUGACGAAUUAAAAAAAAGUGUUCUCUUCUUUUUCGGAACUAAGCACAGCUGUCGCUAGCGAUAUAUACGGGUUAAAAAAAUGAGAAAGAACGGAGCCAACUCGAAAUCUCUGCUGACAAUACUUGAUUGACGUUUGACCCUUUUCUCGACAAAUAAACAAGAAAAGUGUGAUUCUGACAUUCUGACUUUCCCCCAACAACUUCAAAUAUUAUGCAUUUCCAUAUUUUCCCCACUUAUAAAAAUGACAGGGAGAAAAGAUAAUUGGAAGGCGAAAAGACGUCGUAAAGUUAAUUUGUGGGUUUGUGUUCUUUUCGAAACGAAACGAGUAAUAAAUGGGUUGGAUUCGACCGAAAAUUGGCGAUUGCGAAACGUCCUGGCUUUGGGUUUCCUCGGUUGCGAAAUAUGGACACUUGGCAACCAUGUUGUUGAGAUUUUUGCAGAAUUCCGAUUUCCGAGUCCCGUCUACCAACUUCCGCUUUUUGAAAUUCUGGUUGCAAAUCGCGAGACUACUCGACCAAACUCUCUCCGCUUUUCAAAAAAUGUGUACUGCCGCUGCGUACUCGCCUUCUUAUCGCCCCUUUGCCCAUAAAUUCUUCUCUCUCAUUACUUGGCUCCUAAUGACGCAUGAAUGUACGUAAAUGUGAACCGCCGGCGCACUGAUAACGUCGAAAUCGUGGCGAUUUUCGUCGAAAGACGUGCGAAACCUACGCAAUUGGCGCGACUUACUUACGUGCGAUCGGGAGAACACUCCGAUAAGAGCCAAAAGAAGGAGGAGAACAGGCACUAAUCUCUACGAAUUCUCUCGUUCUUUAUAGAAGUGGUGAGUUCACUUUCUAAAGUAUUUCUGUCGGUUUUUGAGAUUUUCACUCCGUCCAAAAACUAUUUAAAAGCUCUGUUCAAGCUCUUCAACUUUCUUGUUGAUCAUUUUUUGAGCAAACUUUCGAGAAUGAAGAUAUUUCGUUAAUAAAUUUAGAAACUACAGUUUGGUUGUGCGGCGAGAUUGGCAAAAGCGAGUACGGUCACUUUAAAGGCGCAUCCAUAAGUUUUGUCGAAUAACAUGUUUGACCUACCGCGCUCCCGCGAAGCUAUUGAUUCUCGGUUCUUUUCCUCCGUUAUUGAUGCUAUUUUGGACGCACUGUUUCCCGUUGAACACAAAUUAGGUCUUUGAUUUUUUUCUCCGUUUCCACUUUCCACUUUUUUUAUAAUCGCUUUGUUAUCACAAGACUUUUAGUGUCGGUUUUUGAGUUGUAACUUUGAUAAACCAUAUUUCGAUCAAUUUUUGAGAUUUUCGCACAUUUCAAAAAGCAUUCGAAAGUUCUAUUCAAGCUCUAUAACUUUCUCUCUGAUCAUUUUUCCCAUAAUGCGCGCUCUCUUUGCUCUUUGACCAGUUGAACUACCGUACUCUUCCCCCAUUCUCUUUCGUGCCACUCGUCGUCCAAAAACACAUAAAUCUCGAGGACAUUCUCACAACUAGUAUACAUACAAUUAUGACACACUCUGUCAGUCAAAAAAAUUCACACCAGUGCCAUUUUCCACAAGUUUUUUUGGUUUCCGAAGGGAGGAUCCUUGACAACGAUGACUUUGCGUUAACCUUGAACUUCUAGACUAGUAUUAUCUUUUCCCGCAUUCCAGGCUACAAAUUACCCCCCAAAAAGCUGUCACUCCGACAAACUAUGUGCUCAUCGUCCGACUGCUUUGCCGGCUUUUCGAUUAUUUCUCCUCAGAAGUGUCACUUCCUCUUCUUCUUCUUUCACUAGAAUAUUCUAUUCUAGCUUUUACCCAAUUAUUUUUUCUUUCUCCAUUUCAAACACCAAAUGGAGCCGUCUCUUUUUCUUCCUCGGAAUAAGAAAACGAAGGAGGAGAGGGAGAGGGAGAAGAAGAAGAACCACAAAAACACCAAUCGAUAACAACAACAGGCGUCCCCACUUCCUCUCUCUCUCUCUCUCUCUCUCUCUCUCUUUCUUUCAUCUUUUGAAAAUAAACGGAGAGGGGAGGGGAGCGCGCCAAACGAAAACGGAGAGACGACAACAAGCUAAGCGAUUUCGCUUCUCUCCGUUUCUCGUCUUGACCCCUCUCUCUCUCUCUCUCUCUCUCUUUCGUUUCAUGGAAAAGAGAAAGAGGGAGAGGCACACGCAAUUCUCUCUCUCUCUCUCUCUCUUUCUCUUUCUCUCUCUCUCGCCCGGCCGCUUUCCUCUCGUUUUGCCCCCCAAAAAUGAGGAGGGCGCCCCGGUUUUGUAGUAGUGUACUAGUUACUUGCCCGGUCCCUUUGAGAGCUCACACAUUAUUCAUUAGACCCUCUCUUUCUCUCUCUCUCUCUCUCUCUCUCUCUCUCUCUCUCUCUCUCUCUCUCUCUCUCUCUCUGUCUCUCUCUCUCUUUCGCUCUAUGCACUUCUUUUGAUGAGAAAAGGGAAAAAGUGUUGAGAGUAUCUAGAAGACGUGAUAGGUAGGAGAAGUAUUAGAGAGAGAGAGAGAGAGAGUUUCUAUAGUUUCAAUUACCUAUCAGUACUGUAAGUCUAGGAAACAUUCUACUAGACUGAGCAAUUCAUUUUUGCUUCCUACGCCCACGCACAAGGGUACUGUAGCGCUGGGCGGCUGGCUCAUAGUGAGCCAACUUUGAACGGAUAUUGUAGAGCAAGAAGACGUCCUACCAGGCUACAAAAGUUUUUGCGAAUUCCUCACGUCUAGUAUUGCGUUUUUGUAGUUGAUCACUUUUUGGUACGGCCACGCAUAAAGGUACUGUAGCGCUUGGAAGUUGAGGUCCAGCAGCACUUCUCCUCUAGAAUAUCGGUUUGCCGGAAAAAGUUGAUUAGCUAUUGUAGCAUUCGGGGCGACCAAGCUUCCCCGCUCCCACUAAUCCAAUCUUCAUCAGCCGGGUGGGGGGGUAUUAUCAGAGGAAAAACAGCGGCGGGUAGUAGUAGUAACUACUAACAUUCGCCGCCAUAUUUGCGGAAGCACUUGAUCUCGACUCCACCUCGUUGCCAGUUCUCUGACCACACAAUGAUCCGUCCGUAAGCCGCACACACACACACAAAUAUUGUCGUGGUCAUCAUUGGCGAACCGCCAGAAAACAAUCCGAUUUUGUUUUAACACCCUCCCGCGCAACCAUUUAGCACUGUACUUUGCAUAUAAUUGGCCCGCGAUUGUGCUUUUUUCGCAAUUCAAAACUAGGUAUUAUUGGGGGCGGGUGGUUGAGGGUGGAAUUUUCAUUUCCAUUUUUAAAUUUCCAAGCCAGAAAUGGCAUUUUUUUUUCGAAAUUUAAUGAAUGAUUAGGGAGGGAUUUGGUGAGAUUUGAGUGAUCUUUAAAAAGUCUCCAUUAAAUUGUGUUUGCGUUUCGCCGCUCAACCAGCCAAUUGUUUGUCGAGAUGCGACGAAACGAGAUUGUUGUGAUCUUCAGUUGACCUGAAUCACUUUUGAGCACUAUUCAAGCGUUGCUCUUUCAGUCAUUGUCACUUUUUAGUCAAAGUUCGCGUUCGGCAUUUCUGCAGUGUUUGGCCGCGUUUAGAGCCUCUUCCAAUUUAUUUUUUUGCCAAAUCUCACUUGUUUUGAUCCGUGUGCUCGACCUUGAAUUGUUUUCAUAGCCACAUAGCUGACCACACUUCAAUAAUCCGGUGUGCUCGCGGCUCGCCCACACACUCUCCUUUCCCACCUUAACUUGUUCUUCUUCUUCUUCUUCUUCUUCUUCUUCUUCUUCUCCCAUACACUGUCGGACGAAACGCCCACUUUAUUCCCAUCAAGUUUUCCUUUUCUGCUGCUGGGGGACGUCGCCUCCUUGUUGGAGUGGAGAGCAGCGCCAAAAGUGCCCGCCGGCCAAAUUCACUCCUCACUUUUUGAUGCAUGAGUCGUCGCUCUCUCUCUCUCUCUUGCUCUGGCUCCAACCGGGUUUUUUGUGGUCCGCUCGUCCGCCUUCUCUCUUUCUCUUUCCCCCUUCCUGUGUACCCCCCACUUUCCAUUGCCUGCCACCACCAUCAUUUUACACAACACACACACACACAACAACCCGUCGCCCUGAGACGAGAAGAAGAAGAAGAAGAAGAAGACGGAAGGGCUCUCCGGUGAGAACCUGAGAGCAUCUUCCCGGGACUCUUUCUCUCUCUCUCUCUCUCUCUCUCUCUCUCUCUCUCUCUCUCUCUCUCUCUCUCUCUCUCUCUCUCUCUCUCUCUCUCUCUCUUGCCCUCUCUCUUGCUCCUUUACUACAAUGUUACUUUGAUAGCUGUGAGUGAGUGUGCUAUCUGUCUGAUUAUCUGAUUACUCAGCAACAGCAUUCCUAGGCUCGCUAGUUUGAUAUUAUCCGUGUGUGUUGUGUUGUGUCAAACUUCACACUGGCUGGCGCCACGCUAAAAGAUUCCAAUCUCAAAGAGAGGCGAUUACCCAAAUUUUGAGGUCAUUUCAUUAAUCUAUUCGCGCGUCAAGAUGACGUCAUUUCAUUUUGUGUAGCGACGAGCGCCAUACCAAUUUUCAAUGAGAAAAACGACGAGGGAGGGGGGUCUUAGCACUCGAUUGCCCAUCCGAAUUUCUUUGCAUUUUCAAAGUUUCAGGCGUGCGCCUUUGUUUCUCGCUCUGAAUCUUGGAAUUGAAUCUACCCCCAAAAAAGUGUGUGCAGCCAAAAUCUUGGGUAAAAGAGAAAGAAGAAGAAGAAGGAGCGGAGAAGGCUAUAAAUCUCGGUCCCAUCUUCUCCUUCUGCUCCUUCUUCUUCUUCUUCGUCUUCUUCGGUUGGCCAUUUCGUUUCGCUUCGUGCGCGCACACACACACACACAAGAAGGGAACCAAUUACUUAGGCACAACGAAAGGGACGAAUGGAGAAUAAUGGGAUGAUAUGACAUCACAAAACGGACUGGAAUCUGUGCGUUCACCAACCAAACUACUACCGUACCCCCCUUCAUCAAUUUUGUUGUCUCCUUCUCCGUUUUCCUCUCAUCCAUUUAUAUUUCAAUUUCGUUUUCGUUUUCGCGCUUCGAGCUAACUCGGCGGCGGCGCACACAAAAACGAGUUAUAUAAUAUGCAUUUCGUUUUGAAGACGACGAAAAAGGUGUUGACGAGGGGGGUGGCGCCCUUCUUUUUGGUCCCCUCCCCCCCCGCCCCAAUGUACAUACACCUGCGCGCGCCAAGUGAUUGAGCUCGUGUGCGCGUCGAGCCCAAGCCCCCAAGCCAUUAACACGAAUUAAAUGUAAGCGUGGCGCAUCCGAUUCGAUUUUGUGCUCCUCCGCUAUCGCUUUACGUCAUUAGCAGCAGCAGCAGCAGCAAAAAAAGAGAAAAAGAAAAGGUUAUACGCGUUUUUCGCGUCCACAGCAAACUCUUGAAGAGCUUACAUUUUCGAAUUCGAACUGAUGAUGAGGGUGUUUGACGGCAGCACGUCACUUUGUGAAAAACCACCGGGGUCCUAGGUGAGACUAGGCAAACAACACAUUUCGACACGAAAGAGAGAGAGAGAGAGAGAAAGGUUAACGGUUUAGUGGGCGAGGGAGGGAGGGAGCGAACAAUUUGUAUUUGUUAUUUCGUUGUCGCCACCAUCAUCAUCGCCACUUUUAAAACUGCGGACGGACACUGACUUUUUCAAGUGCUAGAACCAUUAGGCGUGUUUUUAGUGCGUUGUUUUUUGUAGUUAAAGGACCAGGGAACCCAAACAUUUUUUUGAUUUUUUUGUGACUGUUUGAAUUGUCUCUUAUUGCCUCAUACACUGGUGAAAUGCUGCCUCUCAAAAAGGCCAAUGAACGAAACGGCGUGCAGUUGAAGUUGUGGCCGUGGCCUAGCGCCAAUGGCCGAAAAAUAUAUAAAAAUAUAUGCGCUUCUCGGCAAUUUUAUUGUUUACCGGUUUUUUUCCAAAAAUUCACGGUUUCUCCCAUUUUGGCACUUCAUAUCGACUGAAUGAAAACAAUUUUUUAGCAGUGAAAAAAUAAGUGAGUGCCGAACAAAUGACAAUCAACUGAAAAAUGGGAGAAACCGUGAAUUUUUGGAAAAAAAAACCGGUAAAAAAGCGGAAAAAAUAAAAUGGCCGAGAAGCGCAUAUUUCUAGGCCAUUGGCGCUAGGCCACGGCCACAACUUCAACUGCAUGCAAUCCGAGCCCAACCUAUUCUUUCUGUGCAAAAAUUGCAAUAAUCGUGAAAAACGACAACAAAUGUGCAGAGAAGUGCCCUCAUACUAAUCGAGCCGCAUUUUUGAAUUGUUGUGCUGAACUCAUUGGUCUCGAGCCCAACCAGGCCAGGCCGUAUACACAAUUUAGUGGGCCCCCGGUCUUCUCAUUGACUAGCGCUCUUAAUCGAAUGUUGAUCUCACAUCUUGCUACCAUCUGGUAAUGAUCUCGAAGAGCCGGAGCCGUAAAUUUCGAUUCCAUGUGAAAGUGAUCCCCCCUCCCUUCGAAGCGGAGGAUCUUGCCGUCGGUGGUAGCCACACCACUGACUCCAUUCUCUUCUUGUUCUUCUUCUUCUUCUUCUUCAUCUUCUCACUCGGGGACCUCUGUGCACUUGUCCAUCCAGAAAAGAGAGAGAGAGAGACGAGUAGUAUCGGAUGUCAGUUGCCCUCUGUCAAAGUGUCGCGCGCCUCUCCGCCUCCGCCACUAUCUCGUCGCUUAAAUGGCGUGGCGGCGGCCCUACGGACACGAUGGCAUCCCGGGACGGCUCGUCUUCUCGGCGGAGCGCGGAGGACCCGCAGAGCCCCACACUUCUCGGAUGUCAAAUCAUUUUCAGACUUGUCCUCAUUUCCGCCGCGUUUUUCAGUGUGACGUCUUAAUUCUUCUUCUUCUUCUUCGUCUUCUUAAAAUGAAAAGUUUGCACUGCUGCUGCUGCGCCACACCGUUUUGCGUCGUCCUUUUUGCAUUUGUGUGUGAAAAAGCAAACAACCGGGGCACAGCCGAAGGCAAUUCGAAAACCGAAAACUGUCAAUGAACUUGUGUGUGCGUGUGUCGCUCGCUUCGGUCCUCUUUUUUGGGGGGAGGGGCGGCGCGCAGCAAACUUUCAACUUUUGUUGCUCUCUUUUCUGCGGCGCCCGAUGAGAUGAAGAAAGGUUAGAGUUCAAACUCAUUCGCGCUAAUAUUCCAAACUCCUUAAGAUCCUUGCUUGCCACGUGUUUCUGCCACACUUUACCAACAACGUUAGCGGGUUUUCACACAUUUCAUAAUGUAGUUCAAGACGUGCCGGUCUUUGUACACAUUUGUGUGCGUUGCCAACAAUUGCCACGUGGCAAAACGGACCGGAGUGCCCUCUCGACCGGGCUCUCAACGCUCCGCUUCUUGUCUUCUUGCCGCUCACACACACACAAUUGGACCAAUUCGAAAUCCCAUUGAAUUGUGUGUGUGCGUGUCUCUCUCUCUCUCGUCUCGGCGGCGGCGACUCCUCUUUUUUGGAGCUCCCGUAAAAAGAGCGCGGUCCUCUUCUUCUUCUUCUUCUUCUUGGCUCACUUGCUCGCUCUUCUUGCUUCGUUCCCUUCUCUCCAAAAUUGAUUCACAAAGUCAUUGCGUAGAGAGAGAGAAAGAGAGAGAAGUCGUCGUCUUCUUCUUCUUUUUUUUUUGAGCUCUCUAACAGGAAUAUAUAUAUAUAUUUGCUCAUAAUCCGCCUUCACACUCACUUAUAUAUAUAUAUCGACUAGGCGAAAAAAGAGAAAACGAGAGAGAGAGAGAGAGAUGGCUAAUAAGAAAAGAGAGCGCAAAAACAAAACACUCACUUCCUCGUGUUAUUUUGUUCGACAACAUAUAACUGCUGGUGCUCUAUGGCUCGAUUAGUUUUUGCUCAAGACGCGAGAAAGUGCGCUCCAACGCAAAUUUGAUCCAUUUUCCCUGAUGACGUCUUCUUCGCCGCAUCUCUUUUCUUUUCUCGCUGCAGCGGCGGCGGCGCGCCGUCACUUUUCGCAUUUUUCACACGAAGAAGAAGAAGAAGAAGAAGACGUUGUGCUGCUGACGACGACGACGACGUCUUCUUCUUCUUCCUCUUCUUCAUCUUUUUCGCCACUUGCAAACUUUUUCGAAGAAAAAAAAACCCUCACUUUUACCCCGAUCUUUUGUCUUUUCUUUCGCGCACAAUUUUUUUUCUUCUUCUCCGCAAUACACACUCACACACGCCAAAUUAAAUAUUCAUUUAUUUUCGGUCGUUUUCAGUUGCAUCAACAAUUGGGACAAAAACCUGCAUACGGUAGUAGGGUUCAGGUAGAAGAAAACCGAUUUCGGAUCAUGUGCUUCUUCUGAGUGCAAAACGAAACGGAACGCAACAACAACGACACCAAGGAAACGAAGAAGGCGACGAAAAAGAAGGAGAAGCCGAUCCAAUUAAUUGAAAGGUUAGCGCUUUUUGGAAAUUUUGGUUUAUUCCAGAGCUCGGCAUUUGCCGGCCGCUGUUUUUGGCCCACUUCCAGUUGACUUGGACACUGAUGCGGCGACGCGAUGAUCCAUUUGGGCCCAAAAUUGUUUUGAAGACACUUCACACCAAGGGCAAUAUCCAAAAAAUGUGUUGGGUCCGAUCGGUCAACUGGAAGUGGCUGGAAAAAUUUUCUUUAAAAGUCUAAAAACUUCGGCACCUUUCUUUUUUCGUUUUGAAAUGAAACUCACACGCAAAUGUGCAUUUCAUUUAAUCAUUUUUAAGAACGUCUUCAAUUCGACAACACCAGUCUAUAUUGUUAGUUUCUCGAGCAGUUUUAGGCAUAAUUGAAGAGAAUUUGUGUAUUUUAAAAGGUUUUUAGACAGUUUUUCCAUUUUUGAUCUGAAAAUCUGCAAUUUGCUUUACUUUUUGUCGGCUGGCCUGAGAAAAAAGUUUACUCCAAGUGAUACGGUUGACAACGGUGUUUGCGUACAAUUGCGGACUUUUUGGGAAUUCCGCCGCGAAACUUCGGAUUUUCAACUUCUUCCCCAAAAUUUCCAUCGUUUUCCUUCACGUUUUUGCCCCCCCCGGACCUAAUUUUCGUCCCGUUUUCAGAUCUGCGUACAACGAAAAUAGCAGAAGUGCGUUUUCUGUGAGCAGAAAUCAGGUAAGCGCUGUGGCACACGCCCAAAUUUCGAUCGAAACGAACAAAGAAGCGGUUUUGCGUUUUGCGUCGUCUCUCAUCAAUUUCUCUCUCGCGCGCGCUCAUUUCUGCGUCUCCGGAUGAGCACAGAAAACGAGCACGGACGGACGGCACGCAGAAAAGUGGAAAAAAGGCAGGAGCGAGAGAGAGAAAGAGACGGCUCUGUGCCGGGGCAAAACGACGGCAAGGGGGGAAGCUCCUCAAAAACAACAGCAGAUGCCUUUUCGUUUCGGGCUCUUCUCCUUCUCCUUCUCCUUCUCCUUCUCUCGUGCUCCGGCCGGCCGGCGGCGCCACGGCUGCCACUACCCACACCGAUCAUCAUCAUCAUCAUCAUCAUGGCCAUCAGCGUCGUCUUCUCAUCUCAAUUACUUGAUGAUGAUGAUGAGACGGCGCAAUUUUUCACUCGAAAUGAGCUUUUUGGCUUGGAAUUUUAUGGACUUUUAGCAAAUUUUGACGAAUUUUUGAAAAUUUAACCGACGCUAAAAAUGAGCAUGGCAACAUUUUCGUUAUUUCGUUGAAAAAAGGUCAAUUUCUCAUCAAUUGUUCCCAAAAAAUCCAUUUUACCCGAAAAAAAUCGUGUAAAAGGUGAAAGACAAUUGUCUCCAAGUGUGCGUUGAGGCAUAAAAAACGCCUUUCCUCCGGUAGCCACCACCCACAAUUUUUCGUUUUUUUUUCAAACAAAACCCCCCAUUUUCCACUCGACACCCAUUAUUUCGUUCUAACGUUUUGUGUCAAUGUGUUUUCCUCGCAGUUAUCAGUGCUCUCUGGCCGGGACACAAACAAAUGUUGUUAUCAAAUUAUCGAUCGAUUUUUGGAAGCGAAAGGAGAAGAAGAAAUGUGUGUGUGUGUGUGAGUGUGAUGGCUGGCUGGCUGGCAGCCCCCAGUCCCACCACUCAGAUAUUUUUCCAUUUUUUUUGUUUUUUUUUCCGUUCCGCAGGUUGACUCAGCACGCUAAAUUAACGGAAAUUACACCUGAAAUAGACGCGAAAAAUGGCGGAAAGCCAUAAAACUGAAUCGUUGAUAUUCGGGCGGUGACUCAUUUUCCCGCGGCGCCAUUCAAAAGACGUACAGAGAGAACACCGCAUUAUUUGUUCGUUUUGGUCACUUUUUUGGGCGCCUUUUUUUGCUGGUCUCAAAAAAUUCUUUUCAUUCUUGCAGCAAGAUGCCCGAAUAUGGUGCAUCACUGGAGGAGCUCCGCGCCCUCAUGGAGUACAGGUAAGCCUUGAAAAAAUGCAUUCAUUUAUAUUUGUCCUUGUUCAGGAGCGCGGAAGCAAAAGAGAAGAUCGAGACGGAUUACGGCGGAACGGCGGGUCUGUGCGAAAAGCUGAAGACGGACCCGAACAACGGACUGCCGAACAACGAGACGGAGCUCGAGAAGCGGCGAAAUGUGUUCGGAGCCAACGAAAUUCCGCCGCAUCCGCCCAAGUGCUUCCUACAGUUGGUGUGGGAGGCGUUGCAGGUGAGCAUCGUGCAAAUUUGUGCACUUUUUCUGGUGCCCAGAAGUUGGGCAGCUAAAGUGGAGCUCUUGUGUGCACAAAAAGUUGGUCCCCAAAGGCUUCUUCUUCUUCUUAUGGCUCUGCGUCUCGUAAUCUCUCGCACUCAAGUCCACUAAUCUCAAGCUUUUCUUCUUCUUCUUCUUGGCCCUCACACAAACUUUGUGUGUGUGUGUGUGUGUGUGUGUGUGUGGAGCAACUCUUAUGAGAAAGAGCACACACAAAAGAGAGCCACACAAAAAAGGGGAAAUGAUUGAAUAUGCAUGAGUGGGUGUUUGCGGUAAACUGAGGGGGGACCACUUCGACUGCGCCGGCUGCUGCUGCCGGGAUUUUUUUCGGGGGAUUUGAGGGCAGAAAUGAGCGAAAAAGGGCAGGGAAAUGGACAGUUAACCUUUAGACGGCUUUAGACAACUUUUCACCUCAAAAUCCUAGACUUUCAAUGAAUUUCAUGGCUACAGAACUUCAGGAGACGUGUUUCUAGUAAAAACUGAACAAGUACUCCGCUUUAUAAAAUGUUUAGUUUCCGGAAUGCCAAUUCCAAGCAAAAGAUGACGUUACUCGGCUGAAAAAUAAAUAUUCGUGUCGCAGGACGUCACCCUCGUCAUUCUGCUCGUCUCGGCCAUCGUCUCGCUCGCCCUCUCGUUCUACAGACCGCCCGGAGAGGAUACCGGUCAGUUUCCGUCCGUUUUUGCCCUAAUCCUCUCACUUUUGCAGCCGGAACCGACGACGGUGAGCACGACGCAGGAUGGAUCGAAGGCGUGGCGAUUCUGAUUUCGGUGAUCGUCGUCGUUCUGGUCACCGCACUCAACGACUACACAAAAGAGCGCCAAUUCCGCGGACUUCAGGCGAAAAUCGAGACGGAGCACCGGUUCUUUGUGCUGCGCGGCGGACAAUCGAUUCAGGUGGUCGUCAAUGAGCUGGUCGUCGGCGACAUUGCUCAAAUCAAGUACGGAGAUUUGAUCCCCGCCGACGGAAUUCUCAUUCAGUCGAACGAUCUCAAGAUGGACGAGUCCUCGUUGACCGGAGAAUCGGAUCAGAUCCGCAAGAGUCCCGAUCAUGAUCCGAUCAUUUUGUCUGGCACACACGUUAUGGAGGGAUCUGGAAAGGUUGGUAACAGAUUUUGGAGGGAGAUUUGAAACGUUCCAAGCAAAGUUUGAGCAAAAUCCAAGAAAAAGCUGUGAAUUUUAAGUUUUUAGCUCUUUUUCAACAGUUCCAGGGGCAAAAACAACUCGGAACACAUUUUUAGUGAAAUUAUGAAGCUCAGAAGCUCUUUUUGAAAAAAAAAACCUUUAAAAAGCGCACCUUCGACAGACACAGACUUUGGGCCUAAGAAAUGCGAAUCCUUACCAGAAAAGCCUAUGUUUUCAUGUUUUUUGUUCCCUUUACAAUCUAAACCUACUAGAUACAUAUUCCAAUUGCUGAUGACAGCUGUCAGAGUUUUCUCAACAGUUUCAGGAGCUAGAUUGUGUUUGGAUCUCUAGUUUUUGUGAAAUUUUAAAUCUCGGGAGGUCUUUCUGAUUUUAGUCUAAAAAAUAAAAUUUUUAGAGCAAAAAUUUCAGCAGUUUUUCACAAUCUAACCAUGUUCCAGAUGCUGGUGACAGCUGUCGGAGUGAACUCGCAAACCGGAAUCAUCAUGACGCUGCUCGGCGCGGCGAAAACGGUGGCCGAAGAGGAACGGAAGACGGCGAAGAGAGAGGGUAGGAAGAAGAUCCGUGUCAUUCAUUCAUUCGUUCGGUUCGGCGGAUAUCAUCAUCGGCUUCACUUUCUCUCUCUCUCUCUCUAGCUUCUCUCUCUCGCUGCUGCUGCUCACUCGUCUGCAUCAUCUUCUUCUUUUUCUGCUCCUUCUUCCUCUCCUUCUCCUGAUCUUUCGACUAAUCUCUGCUCUCUUCAGCAGUAGGCCGGGCUCGAAUUCUCUAAUCGUUUACAGAACGGCGCUCGCGAUCCUCGGUCAAAUCGCAUCAACACGGUCAUCACGGCCACCAUCAACACCAUCAUCAUCAUCGUGACAAUCAUCAUCUGAAUAAUGCGGAACAGAAUCACAAUGGUAGUUUCCCUCGGGUCCCCUUCCACUUCUUCUUCCUCUUCUUCGUCGUCGUCGUCGUCGUCUUCUUCUACUCCUUCGUCUUCUUCUUCUGAUUGUCGUCGUCGUCGUCGUCGUCGUCGCCGUAACUUCUAUCCUUCGGAAUCUUUGCUCUCACACACACCCACAAGUAUACAGUGUUUGGUCCACACACACACACACACAUACGCACACUUGCAUUCAGAAGCACGUCUUCAACUUCUUCCAGCAGAUUCUAGAACCUUCUACCAAUAGCUAACAAUCUCUCUUCUUCUCCCUCUCUCUUUCUAUCUCUUUGACAUCUUUCUGGAUGGUGCUGAUGAUGAUGAUGAUGAUGAUGAUGAUGGUGGUGUUUCGUGAUUAUUCGCAAGUUCCCCAAUUUCCGGAUAUACAUUUUCGGUGUCGUCGUCCUUUCCCUCAGUAUUUCACACCCCCCAUGAUUUUGGUUUAGAGAAGGCGCUGGCUGGUGAUGGUAGUGGUAGUGGAAAAAGUGCAAAUUCUAGAGAACUUUGUAAAGUUCUUUGAAAGUUGAGGUCGUUUUGCAGCUAGGCUAUUGACUGAUCGGCUUAUUCAGUAGGGUAAACAACUGGAACAAUAACAGUAAAAACGGGGUUUUCCACUUUUUUGCCCGAAUGAAUGAGCCCAUAACAAAUUCAGCAAACUGUUUCGGUCUGAGAGACACGGAUAACGAGAAUGGAUCAACAAAGUCUACAGGAAUUGACUUUAAAAUUCACAUAAGAUCAGUUAGGGAAGAUCUGUCGGUACUGAAAUUCUUCUCAUUGUUUAUUAUGCCGCCCUGAUUUUUUUUUGCCAGAACGUUCCUGACUAGGGAAGUUCGUUCGUUUCGGAAGCACUUAAAAAUAUGUUGAAACAAAUGAGGGUGGUACAAUGGACCAUGAGACAAUUUUUGGCGCUAUCAGAAUCUGCUGAUGGACUAUGAAUUUCUGUGCUCACAAAAUCUAUACGCGUAAAUGAUUCUCUAGCCUGUGAAUGUUUGUACUAAAGAAAUUGGCUUUUGAAACAAAUUCAUAUAACAUCAGGAACGAUCCAUCGGUCAGCAGUUUCGCCUCAAAGAUGCGUGUCCAAUCUACCACCACCACAACCACCACUGCCAUUACAGUACAAGAAUAGAGCUCUUCACCUCUAUCAUGUCCGUCCCUCUCUCUGCCUCUCCCACUCUCUCUCUCUCUCUCUCUCGCUCUUUGGCUUCUCUCUCUCAUAGUUGGAUGAACAAAAUUUGCAGGCGGCGACGGAGCAUCUGGAGCCGAAGAGGGAACCGCUCAGGCACUGCUCGGUGAGUCGACGGAGAAUCAAGAAGGCUGAAAAUGGAAAGAAAAAAAAUGAAAAAUGAUGGAGAGAGAACUUUGAAUUGAGAGUGAAGAGAAAGAAAAAGAAGAGAAUGUGUGCUUUGCAAAUUGAUGUAUUUAUUAUUAUAUUUAUGUAUAUACAUACGAAUAGAUUGUCAGUGUUUUUUUCCUUCCGCUUUAUUAUAGUAAUAGUAUAGUGAAAAUGUGGAAAUGAUGGAUAGAAUAGUCUGGAAUGGAUGUUGUGCUACAUUGCUGCUGGAAAAUGCUAUCCACACACCCACACACUAUUUUUAUUCAUUUUUACACACUGAAAAUCUGUUCGUACAUAUCUAUAAUAUAUAUGUCAUUUUGUUUCACUCUCUCUUUUUCUCUUCUCUUCUCUCUCUCUCUUCAUCUCACUUUCCAUCUCUUCUGUUUCAAUUCUCUAUAUGAUGUGUUUUUGAUUUUGAGUUGAUUUUUGUCAACAAAAAACCAACGAAAUUGCAGAUUCGAAGGGCGAUGAGGCGAUGGCGAACGGAAAAGUGGGCGCGGCGGCCGAAGAGUCGGGCAAGAAGGAGCGGUCGGUGUUGCAGGCGAAACUCACCCGGCUGGCCAUUCAAAUUGGAUAUGCUGGUAGGUUUUGGCCAGAAAAACGCUUUUUUGACGCUGAGUACAUGAUAGCCACUGAAAAUGAGUGACUUGGAUCUAGUUGAUCUAGUUGGAUCUAGGGGAAAAUGAACUUUUUUGGAUUUCUCUGGGAAAUUUGCUGUGUAAACUGCAAAUAGCGUCCAAACCUGGAUUUCCCGUAAUUUCAUAGCUAACUCUUUCGAAAAACGUGUGCUAGUUGUUCCUAGGCCCCACUUGUCUGUUCUGUAGAUCAACUGAUCUUCUGAAGCUUCUACAGAACACUUCAACAUUCACUCAACUCUAGCUGACUAGUGGUCAAUUGAGCCGCUCUCAAAACUCAAAUUCAAGCUUUAACCCACUUAAUUCCAGGCUCGUUCGUGGCCGGCUGCACAGUGCUCAUCCUGAUCAUCCGCUUCUGCAUCUCUCGCUACGCCAUCGACGGAAAGUCGUUCUCGCUAGCCGACUUCCAGCACUUCAUCAACUUCCUGAUCAUCGGAGUCACCGUGCUCGUCGUGGCCGUUCCGGAAGGACUCCCGCUCGCCGUUACCCUCUCCCUGGCGUAUUCCGUCAAGAAAAUGAUGUUGGACAACAAUCUGGUGCGUCAUUUGGACGCGUGCGAGACGAUGGGAAACGCGACGUCGAUCUGCUCGGACAAGACGGGAACGCUGACGACGAACCGGAUGACGGUGGUGCAGUCGUUCGUCAACGACACGCAUCACAAGGACACGCCGAAGAUCGAGUCGUUGGACAAGAACACGGCGAAGCUGAUGAUGGACUGCAUCUCGAUCAACUCCUCCUACUCGUCCCAAGUGAUUCCGCCAAAGUUGCUCGGCGAGCAAGCCACUCAAUUGGGUAACAAGACCGAGUGCGGAAUGCUCGGAUUCGUGUUGGCACUUGGAAAAUCGUACCAGGAGAUCCGCGACCGCCAUCCGGAGGAGACCAUUCCGAAGGUGUACACGUUCAACUCGGUCCGCAAGAGCAUGUCGACGGUGAUCAACCUUCCGGACGGCGGAUACAGAGUCUUCUCGAAGGGAGCUUCCGAGAUUGUGACGAAGCGGUGCAAGUGGUUCCUCGGCAAGAACGGAACACUCACUAAGUUCACCGCCAAGGACGCUGAGAACCUCGUGCGCGACGUCAUCGAACCGAUGGCCUCCGACGGCCUCAGAACCAUCUGCGUCGCCUACAAGGACUACGUGCCGGCGGCGAAAAAGACAGCGGACAACCAGAUCGCCUACACGUCGGAGCCGGACUGGGAGAACGAGGAGCAGAUUGUUGGCGACAUGACCGCCAUCGCGAUCCUCGGAAUUCAGGAUCCGGUGCGUCCAGAAGUGCCGGCCGCGAUCACCCGAUGCCAGGAGGCCGGAAUCACCGUUCGCAUGGUCACCGGAGACAACAUCAACACGGCCCGCUCAAUCGCCACCGCCUGUGGAAUCCUGAAGCCCGGAGAGGACUUUAUCGCGCUCGAGGGCAAGGAGUUCAACGCGCGCAUUCGUGACGAGAACGGCGAAGUUUCGCAGGAGAAGCUCGAUCUGAUCUGGCCGAAACUGAGAGUUCUUGCUCGCGCGCAGCCAUCGGACAAGUACACCCUCGUCAAGGGAAUCAUCGACUCGCGCGUGACCGAUUCUCGUGAAGUGGUGGCCGUCACCGGAGACGGAACCAACGACGGACCGGCUCUCAAGAAGGCCGACGUCGGAUUCGCGAUGGGAAUUGCGGGAACCGACGUCGCGAAGGAGGCGUCCGACAUCAUUCUGACCGACGACAACUUCACUUCGAUCGUGAAGGCAGUCAUGUGGGGACGCAACGUGUACGACUCGAUCGCCAAGUUCCUGCAGUUCCAACUCACCGUCAACGUCGUCGCCGUCGUCGUCGCGUUCGUCGGAGCGUGCGCCAUCCAAGAUACCCCGUUGAAGGCCGUGCAGAUGCUUUGGGUCAACCUGAUCAUGGACACGCUCGCCUCGCUCGCCCUCGCCACCGAAAUGCCGACUGAGGAGCUGCUGAAGCGAAAGCCGUACGGACGCACGUCGCCGCUGAUCUCGCGCACGAUGAGCAAGAACAUUCUCGGCCACGCCAUCUACCAGCUCAUCGUCCUCUUCACCCUGAUCUUCUACGGAGAAGUCUGCUUCAACAUCCCGUCCGGCCGCUGGGCCCCACUCCACUCGCCGCCCUCCAAACAUUUUACGAUCGUCUUCAACACGUUCGUCAUGAUGACGCUGUUCAACGAGAUCAACGCGCGCAAGAUUCACGGCGAGCGCAACAUCUUCAAGGGACUCUUCUCGAAUCCGAUCUACUACGUCAUCUGGAUCGCCACCAUGAUCUCGCAGGUCGUCAUCGUUCAGUUCGGCGGCCGCUGGUUCAGCACCUCGGCCCUCAACACCACCGAAUGGCUGUGGUGUCUUGCGUUCGGCGUCGGAACUCUUCUCUGGGGACAGGUACGGUUGCAGGAAACUUUUGCUUCAUUUUCAAUGUUCAUAUCUGACCCGAUCUUUGCAGGCUUCUUUGACUCGGAUUGAAGUAUCUUGGGUCCGAGUUUUAGACUGAUCGGAUCUUCUGGUCCUGAAAUAUUUAUAUCAGAGGCCGAAAAAACUUUCACUAUAUCCCAGAUCCAGAAGAGGGGGCUUUCACUAUAUCCCAGGUCCAAAAGAUCCGAUCGGUCUGAAACUUGGUCCCAAGAUAUUUCAAUCCAAGUUCAAUAAGUCUGCAAAGUUCGCGUCCAAUCAGAAUAUUCCAACGUUGUCAAUGUGGGCCAUUGAACCCAUGAACCUAAUUCGAUAUUUUCCAAUUUUAAGAUCGUGACGAGCAUCCCGACGGGAUCUCUGCCCGCCAAUAUGACGAUCGGAUCGGGCGAGGCGCCGACGAACGACCCGCUGAUGCCCGAUUACGAGGACUCGGACACGCACGAGAAGCGCUCCGGCCAGAUUUUGUGGGUGCGCGGACUGACUCGUCUUCAGACUCAGGUCAGUUUUCGACAAUAUCUUACAGACACGGCUCCACGAAACAACAAUUUCAGAUUGUUAGACCCCCGAAAUCCUUGUUUUUUCCAAUCCAUCCCUCUCUCUCUCUCCUAUUUUGAGUUGCUUCUCGUAGAGGAAACCGAAAAUUUCCACUUUUUCCUCAUUUUCAGUUUCUUUCUUCGUCCCCAAUGUGAAAUGCAAGAAAAAAGAGAGAGAGAAAUCGUCGUCGAAAAAGCAAAAGCAAAAAAACGAAAAGAGAAAAAGGAAUCGAAAAAGAAGACGUUUCGUCUCUCAUUUCCUCCUCUCUCUUUUCCUCUCCCAUCCCGUUUUUUUUCACCCGAAAAAAUUGAGCAACACCUUCGAGAGAGAAAAGCGAAGCAAAAAAAAAGAGGGGCGGGAGAAAAUUUUCAUUUGAGAAAACUUUUAAAAGAAACGAGUGUAUGUGUGGUGUGUGGUUAUUCACACGAAACAAAAUGCAAACAUAAAUUUUAGGAACCUUUUUUUUCCAUCAACCUUCUAUAAUUUGGUUUUUCUUCACUGUCUUUGCGCCAUCCCCCCUCCGAUAUGUUUUAUCAGUUUUGCUUGUUCGAACUUUGACAGAACAAAGAAACAAGACGAGUUUUGUAUGAAACUCCCGAAAAAAAGAAAGACGAAAGGGCCCUCUGUUGUGUGGUGUCCUCCUCCUCCUCCUCCUUCUCUCCCUCCUCUCCUGGCGUCCCGAGAAAACAAAAGUUGUGUGUUGUGUUGUGAGUUUUUUUUUUUUUGAAACGGUAAGCAAAUGUCAUAGAAGAGGAAAAUUUGAAUUUUUUUCAUCCCUAUUGUUUCGUUUUUGUGCGUGCUCUUUCUCUCUGAACUCAACACAAUUUGGCCGAAGGCGAAUGAAAUGCGAAUGAAAUUGUUUGUGUGAUGAUGAUAAUGAUGAUGAUGAUGAACGAGCAUUGUUUGUUUCAAUUUCUCACUCUCUCUAUAUCUCUCUCUAUCUCUAAAAAAAAGAUCAUCAAGAAAAAUGUCGUUCUCUCCUCUUCCUCCGCGAGAAAUUUCGAGAAAUACCCGUGUGUUUCCCUUUCCACACCGCUUUAACGUUCAUCGAGAAAAAAUUGGAUAAUCAAUGUGUGCCGUGUCGAAAAUGUUUGUGCGUAUGUCGUCAAUUUGGUGUGCUCUCAACUUGCACUGACUAACAAAUUUUAUGGAAAAGUGUAAGCUAUGACCUAGUUAAAACUGGUCCACGCUCUAAUUUUAAAAAGCGUAACCUUUUUGCUUAUCCUUAACGCCUUUUAAUGAAAUCAAGUAUUACCAGUCCUGUCAAGUGCAAACACACUCACACACCAAACUAGACGCCCAACAUUUUCAUUUUCCCACCCAACAACGCCUUCUAAUCCAAGCUUCUUCUUCUUCCUCGAAAAAUGAGCAACGCCGCCGGCCGAUCGAGAAAAAAAGCCCCCGCUCUCUCUCCCUCUCUUGCUCUCUCUGUCUCCGUUUGUUCCCCUCCCUUUGUUCUACCCCAACCGAAAUUUUAGUGUCUUUUUUUUGGGGGUCUGGAAAUUGAAUGUUAGCUGUAGUGUUUUCCCUGUUUUUUUUCGAGUCUCUGGGAAUACCUAUUUUGAGUAUCUAGCAUGCACUUUUAAUGGUUUUAAUUUAUUUAUGAUUUUGAAUUGCCGCCCGCCCGCCAGCCCGUCCACGCACUCGAGUAUUUGAAUGCAGCAGCUUUUUUUCGGUAUACAGUACUCCAUCUAUAUUGCUUUUUCAUGACUAACCAAACGGGUUCAACUGUUUAAACCGUGAACUUGUUCAUUUAGGUUAAAAACUGGUAAAAAUCGGUUUUUACCCGACUGAAUGAGAUCAUGAGACACACAAACAAACUUUUUGUUGCUAUUAUCCGAUAACAAUAAUAAUAAUGGCCCCGCUCCCCCGUACUACCAACUACCAACCGUUUCUCUCACCUCACUAACAAGUGCCCCCCGCCCGUCGCUCGGAGUGUGUUGCUCAUUUUUCUUGCUGAAAUAAUGAUGAUGAUAUAACAUCAAUCAAUCCUUCUUCUUUCUCACAAUUUCAUUUAAAAAAGAGGAGGAGGAGAGGAAGGGAGAGAAAGAGAGAGAGAGAGUGAGAAAGAGAACCAUUUCAUCAACAACGUUCGUCUUCUUUUUCUUUUCUUUUUUUUCACCAAUUUUUACACGUUUUUUUCACUUUUUUGUAUGUUGUAAGGGUCUCGACACGAAAAUUUGACUAAGUUUCCGAAUUUUGGGCCUUCGAAUGGUCUGAAGCUCAAAAAGACCUUCAUUCUACUGGAUUUUGGGUCUCGUCACAAAAGUGAGCACUGAUUAUCUCUAGAACAAUAAAAACCUUUAUUCGGUACCCUAAAAAUAAUAAUAAUAAUAAUAACUGAUUUAUUCACUUCGACCACCUAGAUUGCGAUAAUUAAGAAUCUGGGUCUCGCCACGAAGAAGAGCCUAGAGCGUAGAUUUCGGGAAUUAGAAGACAAAGUUCUGGAAGUUCAGUUUUCGUUUCGAGACCAAACCCUAGAAACCCUCUUUCAAAGUAUGGUGAAAUCGUCUCGCUACCGCAAUUCCACGUGAAAACACGCGGAGAGCGGUAGAGCGCGAUUGUCCAGACCUUGGCGGCUGCAGAAAAAUUGAAAAUGUUUGCAGUUACGAGUCGUCAAAGCGUUCCGCUCCUCGCUGGAAGAGUUUGACGAGCGGCGUUCGAUCGCCUCGACGCACUCGGUCCAAUCGAUGCGCGGCGGAUUCUGGGGCGGCGGACGACACACGACGACGGCUGCGUCGCCGGAUCCGGCUAACGCCCGCAACGCGAUGGCGGCGAUCUCGCACCGUCAAUCGCCGCAACCGUACCCCUACUAUCACCAUCAGCAGCCACGCACGCCGUCUCCGCAACCGCACAUUGUCGUGGAAAAUGGAAAUGCGGGCGCGGCUUCGGCUUCAGCUUCUCAGCAGGCGGCGCCAAAACAAGAGGCGAACGGGAAGACGGAAAAAGUACCGUUGGUGCAACAAUGGUCGCCCGACACGAACUCGUCGUACACGCAAACGCAACGAAGCAUCAACAAGAGUAUGUCGUUGGACACGCCCGUCUCGGUUGCCCACGUGUAAUUCUUCCCCCGCUUUGUAGUGGUUUUCUCGUGUACUUGUUUUCUUUCUUUCUUUCUUUUUUUUUCUGAAAACAUCCCAAUGAAAUAAUCUCACAACAAUAUAUACUUAGACCAGGUUUCUCCCACCUUUUGAAGUCUUUAUACUGGUAGAAUUCACAAACUGUAGAUGCCCGUUCCACCCCGAUUUUAAUGUUUAUUAUUAUUUUACCUACUACUUUAUAUAUACUUUGUGUGUUUGUGUGUGCAAUUCAAUGCAAUGCAAUCCUUUGUAUAAGCUUCUAACCACUUAUCUUUCAUUUUUCGAUGUCUAUCCGAAAGCGUUCUUCACCCAUUUUGCAAUCACUUUGUGCUCCUCCUCCUCCGCCUAGAACAUUUUCUCUCUUUCACACAGAUUUCUAUGGUUCUCUCUUUGUUUUUGUCUCCUACCUAAUGCGCUAAACUCUUGCUCUUUUUUAUCUUUCCAUCCAACAUUUUCGCAGUUAUUCUCGUCGUCGCAACUUUUUUUAGGCUUUUCUACGUAAAGCGCCGAAGAAUGCUCGCUAUUUUUUGGUCUAUUUUUAUGACUUAAGAUAUUAUAAUAAUAAAUGUGCUGAAAUUUUAUUGGAUUUGAUUAGACGCAUGAAAAAAAUCUGUUUCCCCGCAUUUGUAUAUUAUUGAAAACCCACACACACACACACACACACACUACACCCGUUUUCGAAUUUUCUCGUUUCUCCCGCACCUCUUUUCGUCCUGAAAAUCAGCAAAUGCGCUCUAGCGAACAGAAAUGAUCGAAAGCGCCCCAAAAACGGAUUACAGGUUAUUGGCGGCGAACGCUCGGAUCACCUGAUCCCGGUGCCGUUGAGCAGUGCUCCGACUGACCAAGCAGUAAGAGAAUGUGUUGAUAUUAUCCGAGGCAGUGAUCGGAUAAUAUAUAACUGCCCCCCGCACCACAACCUCCUCCGAAACCCUAACUUGUCCUUUGAUUCUUGGAUAGUCUAAGAGUUCCCUGCCCGCCCGGCGAAUGGAUAUUAUCUGUCGUGUUGUGCCAGUCAUUGUAGUCGUGUCAUCGCCUGAUCGAUUUGCAUUGAUUUAUAUUGUAACUAUCCGGUCGUGGUCCUCUCUUCUUUUUUUUUCUCGCUCGCGCUUUCACGUUAGGAUGUUUUACGGACAGAAAUAGUGUCAUUGAAGUAUUGUAGACUUACAUGAGUAAAAGUAGGAAAACCGUCUGUAAUAGAAGGGCACCUAAUUAUUGUUCAUUCUAGACCGUAUAUCUCAGCUAGCGAUGGAGUAAUCAAAAAGUGGUCAACCGAUAAAAUGUUCAUCGAAAUAUGGUGUAAACUUUAUCUGUUGACAACUUUUUGAUAUCUCCACUGACAGCUUCGAUACAUUGUCUUCAAUGGAGUGCCGUUCUAUUAAAGUAUUAGUAUAGAAUUAUGUAGGUUGAAUCGCUUUUAAUUUUUGAAGCCAUCACUAGGUUACAAGUUGGGAUUUCAUAGGCCUAGGACCCCCAAUCCUACUAACUUUUCACAAUUUAGGUUCAGUCCGCCACUAAGUUCCACCACUUCUACUAUCGUUAAUUUCCCUUUCUCUCUCUCUCACUCUCACUCUCUUUCUCGUGUGUGUGACAACUUUUUCGAGCUCCUACAUUAAUUUCUCAAAAACUGGCUAACUUUUGGAGUGAUUUUUACCCGAGAAUAACCAAAAUGUUAUUGACCGAGACAAUCCUUUUCUGUCUCCGACUAGAAAAAGAACUAAAGAACGGAAUGGAAAUUAAUCAAGAAAACUGAUGAGGAAAGAGAGCCGAAAAAGGGACCCGAGAUUUGUGAUUGCUUUAGCUUCAACAGUUUUUGUCCGCACACAGUGACGGUCGCCGAUUUCACCCGUUUUCAGUUUCAAAUGUGACCCCCCUACUUUGAACGGGUACUGUAAUGUAUUGUUGGCCUAAAAGUUGUUUGUAAACACAAAAUCGAUAUACCUAGUGCUUCAAUUUUCCAGUUGACGACUCUUUAGUGACGCUUAGAAUUUUCACGAGCUUCAGUAGUUGUCAACUGGAAAAAUGAAGUGCUAGGCAGGUAGAUGUUGUUGUUACAAAAACAUUUUAGGCCAGCAAGACAUUUCCUAGACAUUUUCAACAGAAAGUCGCUCAAAUCUAUGUGUGUCACAGUCAAUAUACUAUUUUUUCUCUCAGUUUUCUGUUUUCUAAUUGGUGUUCUGACCGCUUUGCCUCCGUAAUAAUGCACUUUCGCCCAACCGUACCGUAUUUUCAGAUUCGCGUGGUGAAGGCGUUCCAGGCGGGACUCGACCGUCGCGAACCGAGUCUGACCGGACAAUCGGCCGCCCGUCUCCGAGAGAUUAGUCGGCAGUUGAGACUGCAAGUCGACUCGGAGAACCGAGGUAUUCCAGAGUCGUUUCAUUGUACCGUUUAUUCAAGAGUGUCUAUCUCAAUUGUGGGUAGAGAUAUCAAAAAGUGGUCAACUGAUCAAUUGUUCACUGAAACAUUGUGCACAUUUUACCAGUUGACCACUUUUUGAUAUCUCCGCAGACAGCCGAGAUAGAUCCCAACUCUCAGAAAUGCCUGAACAGCACGCAGUUAAAGUUGUGGCCGUGGCCUAGAAAACACAGGUGUCGAAACUGUUCCAUUGCACUUUGACAAUUUGUGUGAAUGCUUGGCAACGUCUGACAGCAUUGUGCCGAUUGCAAAAGAAAACCGAAAAAUAUCCCACGACCUAGGAGUUUUCUAGGCCGCGGCUACAACUUUCACUGGGCGCUGGCAGUAAGAGGCAAUUCAGACAGACAAAUAAACUUACAGGGUUCCCUGCUUCUUUAAACUAAAUUGCGAUUUUCAGCGCGCUCAACGUCCCGCGGAAAUAUCAAGGAGACGAACAACUUGUGA